GGACGGGGUUUCACGAGGAGAACAUACCAACGACAUCCUCAGGAACCGUUGACGUGGCGCUCCUCCUCCGACGAUUCGCUCCCUCCCUCGAGUUUCACCACUCCCUCCUCUCGCGGCCACGCACUCCCCCGCCUCCGCAACCUCUCACCGCCGGUCCCCGCCCUCCGACCCUCCACGCGCAAACAGCCCGCCUCCAUCCACCAGGAUCCCCGAUGAGGUGAGGCCUGCUACCGAUCUCUUUUCGUGCACGAAUCCCAUCUCGCCCCCCUCCCCUGGCCGGGGACUCCGAUGCGGCGGGAUCCCGUGGCCGUGCCUUUCGCGCGUGGAAGCCGGGAGCCGCGGAGAGAAUGCGGACCAGCGGUGGUGCGUGCUUGCGACGGCGUUUCGGCGGCUGCGGGAUCCGUUUCUAGCUUGGUUUCGUGUCCGUGUCCGAGGUAUCGGGUCGUCGGUCGGGAUUACGAUUUGCGUGCCUCCAGCUGUGCUGUGAUCCGGUGAUCCUGAGCGGGGAAGUGAUUGGUUCCCUGUUUUUAUGGGAUUUUGCUCCAAUCGGAAGGGGGAACUGGCUAGGAGAAGUGUUGAUUUGGAUAUUCGUGGAGUGUGCAAUGGUGGACUUUGUUCGACGGCUCGCCUCUGCCCUGCUCAAGUGCUGCGACCUUGACAUACCCAAUCGGCCAAAGGGCCUCGAGGACCCCGAACGCCUGGCUAGAGAAACUGUUUUUAAUGUGAAUGAAAUCGAGGCUCUGUAUGAGCUGUUCAAGAAGAUUAGCAGUGCUGUGGUUGAUGAUGGCUUGAUUAACAAGGAUGAAUUCCAAUUAGCCUUGUUUAAGACCAACAGAAAGGAUAGCAUGUUUGCUGACCGGGUAUUUGACUUGUUUGACACGAAACACAAUGGAAUUCUCGAGUUUGAGGAAUUUGCUCGAGCCCUUUCUGUGUUCCAUCCGAGUGCACCAAUCGAUGACAAAAUUGAUUUUGCUUUCAAAUUGUAUGAUCUCAAGCAACAAGGUUUCAUUGAAAAGCAGGAGGUCAAGCAAAUGGUGGUCGCAACACUUGCUGAAUCAGGAAUGAAUCUUUCAGAUGAUAUUAUUGAAGGCAUUAUUGAUAAAACAUUUGAGGAAGCAGAUACAAAGCACGACGGCAAAAUUGAUAAGGAGGAAUGGCGCAGCCUUGUCUUGAGGCAUCCAUCUCUGUUAAAAAAUAUGACCCUCCCAUAUCUCCGGGAUAUCACCACAACAUUUCCAAGCUUUGUGUUCAACUCUCAAGUAGAGGAUGCGUGAGGUCCCAGCGUCUACGGCACCAUUGAAGCCCCUGGGGCACAGCAGAUCAGGUUCUGUGGGGGCACUUAGUUGUUUUUGUUUCCUUGAAAAUGUAAAUUUUAUGUGGUGGCAUGUCCUCCUGUAUAGUGAGUAUUGCUAUUGUGCACAGAAUUGGGGCAUGAAGCGUUUCUUGUCGCUGUUUAUAAAAUAUUCUUCAAACAUAUUGCUCAUAAAAAACUACUCAAAGUAAGAAUCAAAUUGAGUACAAAACUACUCAAAGUAAGAA